AUGUCCUUGAAGUCCAGCGACGACCCCUCAAAAUAUAUAUCAGUUCAGCAAACCCUAGUUGAGCCCAUCGUCAACGCCAUCCGGGUACCGGAUUUCAAAGUCGAAUGUCCUAUCAAAUCCUCUCGCAUAUGGAGCGCCCUCACCGCUCACCCCGAAGAUUUCUCGCACAAGCGCGACGUGCUCAUCGGUGGCGACGCGCUGACCUUUUGUAUGACGGUCGCACUGCAAGGCUGUUUUCCUCGCUCAGCUAAGCUCAUAAACAUCUUCCGCAAAGCCCUCCUCUCCAAAGAAGUCCUCGCCGAGCUUCUGUACAAGAUGGACCCUACUGGUUCACGCCGCCACGACAUUGCCGCAGCGCACGACAUUCUCAAAGCCGCCAUCGGACACGUCUUCAAUAAGCAAGGUCCGGAUGCCAUUCUUUGUUGGAUGUUUCGUACCUUCAAAGAUCUCAUAGUCGAGGCGAUGCAUACUAUGAGGGAAUGUCUGAAAGACGGGUCUCUGAGGCUGUGGUUGGAUCUAGAAGAAGUCAAAGCGUUGCACGGUGGCGUUUGCCCGCCCGAAAGAGAAUCGGAGAAGUCGGUGGAAAAGGACCUUGAAGAGGAUAUUGGGCUUCCAUACGACUAA